AUGGAUUUGGAUACUCUCUUCGAUGCUGCCAUGGCAGGAGAUGCUCAUGCCAUUGCUGAAUUGGAGAUGAAAGCUGAUACACUGUUCGAAUAUGAAGAAAUUAUCCUUCACCUGCAAUCAGAGAAGGGAAAUACGGAACGUGUGAGAUUCAUUUUGAGUGAAUUUCCACACAAAAAUCUUUUGACGAAGCUGAGUAGAGAUAAGCGUUCAUUACUUCACUGGGCAAUUUAUACUGGACGAACUGAAGUGGCUGAGGUCAUCAUUGAUGCAGCUCGCCAUUUGCCUCCUCCUUCAGAUAAUGAUAAUAAUCCAGUUACUUCUUUUCAAGCUUUUCUCAGGCAAGGUGAUGAAGAUAACAACACAGCUUUACAUGCAGCAGUCACAGAAGGAAACCUCGCUAUUGUUAAGCUACUAGUAGAGGCCGACCCGACUGAUACACAUAUUCAAAACAAUAUGGGCAGAACACCAAUGUAUAUAGCUGUGGAAAAAGGGCUCCACGAUAUAGAAGAGAUUAUCUCUACAACUUGCACUGCUCCAUCUUUACUCGGACCUCAUUGGGGUGCUGUUCAGCGUAUUGAAAAUGUGGACCGAGCUAAGAGCCCUGGUGGAAGCCUCUACAAAAUUAUGAAUAAAGAUGCUCUGUAUGCGGCUGCCAUUGCUAGAGAUGCUGAUGCCAUAGCUGCAUUGGAGAUGCAUGCUGAUAAACAGAACCAAUAUAACAAAGAAACUAUCCUUCACACAGAUUCCAGAGAAGGAAAAACAGAACACGUGCAAUUUAUAUUAAGGGAGUUUCCAGACAAAAACCUUCUGGUCAAGCUCAACAAUUAUAAACAGACUGCACUUCACUUGGCUUUGUCUGACGGACACACUGAAGUGGCCGAGAUCCUCAUUAAUGCUGCUACAGAUUUACUGCCUCCUUCUCCACAUGAUGAUAAUACUGAUGAUGAUGAUGAUAAUCCAGUUAUUUCACUCCAAGCUUUCCUUAGGCAAGCUAAUAAAUGGUUGGAAACGGCCUUAUCCAUAGCAGUUGAGAACGGUUACGCUCCUAUUGUUAAGCUAUUAGUAGAGGCCGACCCAAGUGAUAAACAUAUUCAAAAUGAUCGAGACAGAACACCACUGUACAUAGCUGUUGAACAAGGGUACAAUGAUAUAGUAGAGAUAAUCUCGUACAACUUGCACAGCUCCGUCUUUGAAUGGACCAGAUGGUAG